AGCAAUCGCGGCUUUCCCUUCUCAAACGCGCCGCCAGCCGGGUCCGCAGGCCUCAGCGUGCCCUUUUUUAUCGGUUCUUGGUUGCUCUGCUCAUAAAGAAGUUGAAGUUUUAGCCUGGCUGGACUCAUCACACCGGAACGAACGGGAGAGCGACUAAGGGCAUUGAGCUCAGCGAGCUGCCUCUCCGCAGGCGAAUCAUAGAUGGGAGGGCUGAGAGACAUUGUAGAUGCUGCUUCUCCUGAUGGCGCGUCUGAUGCUCUGCAGCUUCAGGAUUUGAGGGCGCUCUUUAUCCCACGCUUGUGAAAGAAAGAUGUGUUUGCUCUUCUCAUAUCAUGUCAUAUCGUGUUAUAUCAGGCAAAGAGAAAGAGGGUGCGUGAAACGCCCUUGCUCUGCAGUAAUUUCCGGCCGAGAUGACGGCUCUCAAGGCUCACUUGAGCUCUGUCCUCACUCUCAUAUGGCAGCAGCAGCUAUAUGCACCCUGCCCUCACCGAUGUUGCUUUUGGCGCAGCCCGCGGCUUGCCCCCAGCACACACGCACAAGUCGGCACAAGCCACUGCGCCCUGAGCCCGGCCGCCGGCGACGAAAGGGCCAAGGCCAAGGCUUCACCUCGUCCGACCACGAUGCGGCGCAAAUCAGGCAUCAAGGUGACACGAGCCAUCACGUCGUCUGCGUCGUCACACGUGCUUCGCUGCUCCUCUGCCCGCUGCCCAACUCAACCAGCGCAGCCCAAGCGAGUCAAACCAUGAACCAUGUCCCUCCGCGGUGCCCACUCGAGCAGCAGCCGUCUCUCUGCAUGCUAAUGUCUCUCCGUCAAAAAGGGCACCAGGUCACGAGCCAAAGGGGGUCUCAGGCCAUCAGACGUCUGCCUGCUCCCUGCGAGUCCAGACUGGGCCAAGGGGGCGAAAAUUUAGAGGGACAAAAAAAGAAAAGAAAAAAAAAAGACUUGAGAACAGCGAACAGGGCUAGGCAGCGCUCUCUGGUUCGCUAUCAGAAAAAAGAAAAUAAGGAAGCAUGUGGGUGACACACAGAAGCAGCUCACUGGAGCAAAGCCCUGCCUCUUGCGCGUGUGACAAGGCGCUUAUCGAGACACACAGCAUGCAGCUGGGAUUGAAGCAAGGCAUAUAAAAAGGCGCAAAGGACGUCGGACUGCUCACCUCCAUGGUGCGAUGAAGCCAGAAACAAGGGACGAAAGCGCCGGCCAAUCGACGGUCAGUGUGACGAGGCCGCCCAGCUCAACCAAUGCAGCUCGUCCGGCGAAUUGGAGACGGAAACUCUCACGGCGUCCAGUGGCCCUUCGCGUCGUCGUCGCGUGUCGUCUUGCAGGGUGGGAAGCGGAUUUCGCAGGGGGUGGGAGUCUCUGGAGUGGUUACAGCCGCAUUGC